AUGGACUCAGAGGAUGACCCCCUGCUGCAGGAUGUGUGGCUAGAAGAGGAACAGCAGGAGGAGGAGACCUCGGGUGAGGCCUACAGUGGUGUCUCUGGGGCAGGGCUGCCCUCUGGAGCACAGGACUGCUGGAGACGCUGGACACUGCCUUCCCGGCCCCCAGCCUCAGGGUUCUGGAGCACCCUGGGCUGGGCCUUCACCAACCCAUGCUGUGCGGGCCUGGUGCUGUUCCUCGGUUGCAGCAUCCCCAUGGUGCUGUCCGCCUUCAUGUUUCUCUACUACCCGCCUUUGGACAUCGACAUCUCCUACAAUGCCUUCGAAAUCCGCAACCAUGAGGCUUCGCAGCGCUUCGACGCUCUGGCCUUGGCCCUCAAGUCCCAGUUUGGAUCUUGGGGGCGCAACAGGCGGGACUUGGCGGACUUCACCUCCGAAACGCUGCAGCGCCUCAUCACAGAGCAACUGCAGCAGCUGCACCUGGGAAAUCAUUCGCGACCCGCAUCGCGGACCCCUCGCUCAGCUUCGAAGGUCACCCCUGCCACUCAGAGAUCAACAGCCAGUCCGAGUGAGCGACAUCGACGCCAGGCUCCGCCCCAGGGGGACCAGGUAGCCAAUCAGAGCCGAUCCCGUCGGGGCACCUCGCGUUGGGAUUACUCGCGCUCCUAUGUGAGCGCCAACACCCAGACCCACGCACACUGGCGCAUCGAGCUCAUCUUCCUGGCCCGGGGAGACGCGGAGCGCAACAUUUUCACGAGUGAGCGCCUGGUCACAAUCCACGAGAUCGAGCGAAAGAUCAUGGACCACCCGGGUUUCCGGGAGUUCUGCUGGAAGCCGCACGAGGUACUCAAGGACCUACCUCUCGGCUCCUAUUCCUACUGCUCCCCGCCCAGCUCACUCAUGACUUACUUCUUUCCCACGGAGAGGGGCGGCAAGAUCUAUUACGACGGCAUGGGCCAGGACCUGGCGGAUAUCCGGGGCUCCCUAGAGCUGGCCAUGACUCACCCCGAGUUCUACUGGUACGUUGAUGAAGGCCUCUCGGUGGAUAACCUGAAGAGCUCCCUCCUGCGCAGCGAGAUCCUGUUUGGAGCCCCGCUCCCCAACUACUACUCAGUAGACGAUCGCUGGGAGGAACAGAGGGCCAAGUUUCAGAGCUUCGUGGUCACCUACGUGGCCAUGCUAGCCAAGCAGUCUACGAGCAAAGUGCAGGUCCUCUAUGGGGGCACAGACCUCUUCGACUACGAGGUGCGCAGGACCUUCAAUAACGACAUGCUCCUCGCCUUCAUCAGCAGCAGCUGCAUUGCAGCCCUGGUCUACAUCCUCACCUCCUGCUCAGUGUUCCUAUCCUUCUUCGGGAUUGCCAGCAUCGGUCUCAGCUGCCUGGUGGCCCUCUUCCUCUACCAUGUGGUCUUUGGCAUCCAGUACCUGGGCAUCCUCAAUGGAGUGGCCGCCUUUGUGAUCGUGGGCAUUGGUGUGGAUGAUGUCUUUGUGUUCAUCAACACCUACCGCCAGGCCACCCACCUGGAGGACCCCCAGCUGAGGAUGAUCCACACCAUCCAAACAGCAGGCAAGGCCACCUUCUUCACCUCGCUGACCACGGCCGCUGCCUACGCAGCCAACGUCUUCUCCCAGAUUCCAGCUGUGCAUGACUUCGGCUUGUUCAUGUCCCUCAUUGUGACCUGCUGCUGGCUAGCUGUACUGUUCACCAUGCCUGCGGCCCUGGGCCUCUGGAGCCUCUACAUGGCACCCCUGGAGAGCUCGUGCCAGAGCAGCUGCCACCAGAAGUGCGGCCGCAAGAGCUCCUUGCAUUUCCCCGGGGACCUGUUUGCAGCUCCAGAGCGGGCUGGGAGUGGUCCUGCCCAGGGCCCACUACCCUACCUGGAUGACGACAUCCCCUUGCUGAAUGUCGAGGAUGAGCCAGUGUCUCUAGAGCUGGGAGAUGUGUCGCUGGUAUCUGUGCCCCGCGAGGGUCUGAAACCCGCCCCCGAUGGGAGCAGCAGGGGCCAGCUCCUUGCCCAGCUUCAAGAGCUGUUGCACCACUGGGUCUUAUGGGCAGCUGUCAAGAGCCGCUGGGUGAUUGUAGGACUCUUUGCCUCCAUCCUCAUCCUGUCCCUGGUCUUCGCCAGUCGGCUCCGCCCUGCCAGCCGGGCCCCAUUGCUCUUCCGGCCUGACACCAACAUCCAGGUGCUGCUGGACCUCAAGUACAACCUGAGUGCCGAGGGCAUCUCCUGCAUCACCUGCUCAGGUCUGUUCCAGGAGAAGCCCCACAGCCUGCAGAACAAUGUCAGGACAUCCCUGGAGAAGAGGAAGCGAGGUUCUGGGGCUUCCUGGGCCAGCCGGCCUGAGGCCACUGCACAUGAGUCCAUGAGCACUGUGUACAUCUCCAAAGUGAAGAGCAAAGGACAUCCGGCUGUCUACAGGCUUUCCCUCAAUGCCAGCCUUCCAGCCCCCUGGCAAGCUGUAUCCCCUGGAGAUGGAGAGGUGCCAUCCUUCCAGGUGUAUAGAGCGCCUUUUGGUGACUUCACCAAGAAGCUGACCGCUUGUAUGUCUACAGUAGGGCUGCUCCAGGCGGCGAGCCCCUCCCGCAAGUGGAUGGUGACGGCCUUGGCCUGCGAUGCCAAGCGGGGCUGGAAGUUUGACUUCAGCUUUUACGUGGCCACCAAGGAGCAACAGCAUACCCGGAAACUGUACUUUGCCCAGUCUCACAAGCCCCCCUUCCACGGGCGCCUGUGUGUGGCGCCACCCGGGUGCCUGCUCAGCUCCAGCCCUGAUGGGCCCACCAAAGGCUUCUUCUAUGUGCCUAGUGACAAAGUGCCCAAGGCCCGCAUCUCUGCCACCUUUGGCUUCAACCCUUGUGUGAACACAGGCUGUGGGAAGCCAGCAGUGCGGCCACUGGUGGAUACCGGGGCCAUGGUUUUCGUGGUCUUUGGCAUCAUUGGCAUCAACCGUACCCAGCAGAUGGACAACCAUGUUAUCGGGGACCCGGGCAGCGUCAUCUAUGACAGCAGCUUUGACCUCUUCAAAGAAAUCGGACACCUGUGUCGCCUCUGCAAGGCCAUCGCAGGCAACUCAGAGCUGGUGAAGCCAGGCGGGGCCCAGUGCUUGCCCUCAGGGUACAGCAUCUCCUCCUUCCUGCAGAUGCUGCACCCCGAGUGUAAGGAGCUGCCUGAGCCCAACCUGCUGCCAGGGCAGCUCUCCCACGGGGCGGUGGGUGUCAAGGAGGGCCGUGUGCAGUGGAUCUCCAUGGCCUUUGAGUCGACCACAUACAAGGGCAAGUCCUCCUUCCAGACCUACUCGGACUACCUGCGUUGGGAGAGCUUCCUCCGGCAGCAGCUGCAAACCUUCCCUGAGGGCUCAGCCCUGCGCCGAGGCUUCCAGACCUGCGAGCACUGGAAGCAAAUCUUCAUGGAGAUCAUAGGGGUACAGAGUGCCCUGUACGGCCUGGUCCUCUCGCUUCUCAUCUGUGUGGCUGCAGUGGCCGUGUUCACCACCCAUGUCCUCCUCCUGCUGCCUGUGCUCCUCAGUAUCCUGGGCAUUGUCUGCCUUGUGGUGACCAUCAUGUACUGGAGUGGCUGGGAGAUGGGAGCCGUGGAGGCGAUCUCUCUGUCCAUCCUGGUAGGCUCCUCUGUGGAUUACUGUGUCCAUCUGGUAGAAGGCUAUCUGCUAGCUGGGGAGAAUCUACCCCCACACCAGGCUGAGGACGCCAGCUCUCAGCGCCAGUGGAGGACAUUGGAGGCCGUCCGGCAUGUUGGCGUGGCCAUCGUGUCCAGCGCCCUCACCACCGUCAUCGCUACCGUCCCGCUCUUCUUCUGCAUCAUUGCCCCGUUCGCCAAGUUUGGGAAGAUCGUGGCACUCAACACGGGCGUGUCCAUUCUCUACACGCUCACCGUCAGCACCGCCCUGCUGGGCAUCAUGGCCCCUGGCUCCUUCACCCGGACCAGGACUUCCUUCCUCAAGGCCCUGGGUGCCGUGCUGCUGGCAGGAGCCUUGGGGCUGGGUGCCUGUCUUGUGCUCUUGCGCAGUGGCUACAAGAUCCCCCUGCCCAGUGGGGCUACACUAUAG